UACGUCAUUACCACAUUCCCCAUGAGCACUUGCAAGCUAAAACUACACUAGACAAUAUGGCGGCAAUUGGAGCUUUCCUGAAAAACGCUUGGAAUAAGGAGCCUGUCAUUUUGGUUUCUUGUGGAUUAGGUCUUGUAGGCCUCGUCCUUCCAUUUAUAAGCCCAUACACAAAAUAUUCAAGGAUGUUGAACUCUUCUGUGCCGUACUGCUACCCAGUUCCUGUCCGGGAUGACGGGAACAUGCCUGACGUUCCUGCCCAUCCGUGUGAGCCUAAAGGACCGAGCUUGGAAUGGCUUAAAAACUUUUAAAAGUGAUUUUCCAAAUCAAUAUUUGAGUUGCACCUUCUGUUCAUAUCUGUCUGCAGAGUUCUCUUGAUUGUCUCAAAAUAAAUAUUCUAUUCAAUUCUA